AUGUGCGGUUACGAACCGCCUGAUGAGCACAAGCUGCGCAUGAUCCACGCUCUGCCUGGCGAUGACGAGUGUGCUGUGGUUCUCAAGUUUCUCGCGUCCAUGAUGAACCUUGCAGAUCACUUUGAGGAUUGGAGGACGCUUGGCAAAAAGCGUUUGGCUUGGAACGCAGAGCAGAGGUCCGAGCACAAGAAAGCCAGAGUUUGCCGUGAAUGCCGGAGGGCUUUCGAUUCCAAAAAGAAGGGGUGUGGCAAGGUAGCCCAUCAUGAGCGUGGUACGGGCGCUUUCUUGGGUUCGCUAUGCCAGGAUUGCAACAAGGCUGCCCACAAGCCCUCUCACGUCACCAUUUGA